UGACGCGACGCGACGCGACGGGCACCGCCGGUGGGGCGGGAUGCGGCUGCUGAGCGUGGCCCGGUGCCUCCGGUCGGGGGGGCUGCUCCUGCCGCCGGUCCCUCCCGGCCGGGCCGCGCUGUCGGUGGGGCGGCACGACCAGCAGCAGCAGCAGCCGCCGCCGCAGCCGGCGGUGACGGUGGAAGUGCUGGAUCACUUGGAACAGCUCGCCCUGGUCGACUUCCGCGACGCAGAGGGCGUGGAGCGGCUGCGGAAAGCCAUCCAGUUCGCUGAUCUGCUCCACCAAGUCAACACCGACGGCGUGGAGCCCAUGGAUUCCGUCCUGGAGGACAGGUGUCUGUAUCUCAGGGAAGACGACGUUACAGAAGGCAACUGCACGAACGAGCUGCUGAAAAAUGCCAGAGAGAAAGUAGAGGAAUAUUUUGUAGCCCCGCCAGGUAACAUCCCUUUACCAAAGCUAGAAGAACGAGAGACUUUUCUGAAAGGCUCUUAGCGAAAGCCCAGAACCCAAACACAGUUUCUGUAUUUUAUGUGGGAAAACUUAAGAUUUGUGCAGUCGCGUAUCGUGGCAGGUAUUUUGGUCAAAAGAAGAGCACUUGCAAGACAAUUUACAGAGAAAAGAAGGCGUAAAAUGUUUAGUAGUGCUACUGGAAUGUCAGUGUUUAUGAAGCUGGGAGGUAGCAUGAUGUAUCACUUUAAUACCUUUAUUUAGCAAAGGGAAUUUGAUGUUCUUUAAGACACUGAAUGGCUUAAAGGCCUUAAAGAGAACAUUAAAAGAUUAUAAUUAAAAAAAAAAAAAAAAGGAACACUCUAUUUUUCGUCAACUGUUUUGUCAGGAAAACAAGAGAGGUUGGAAGGCUGGAGUUACCUGUUUCUUACCUUUAGCUCAACUCUGGCUCUGAGCCUGUCAGAAGUAACAAAAUCUGGUGUGGAAGAGUCCAUAACAUUGCUGAAUAUCUCUCUGAUGUACAGACAGAACUCAGAUUUUCAUUAUGGAAGAAAAGGCACUUUGAGAAGAUCAGUCACUCAAGUAUUAUGAUUCUAUUGAAUAUUUCCAUUUUAUCUCUGUGCUCCGUGUCUGUAUGGGUUGCUUUCUGUUUCCCACUUUGUAAAUUUGUAAGAAUAAACAUACAUACUAGGAGUUGUACAUAAUUUGCGAAAGAAAUUUUCAUACACAGAAAUAGCUGCUCUAAAAUUAAAAAUCUUUGCCAUAAAUAUUUCUGUACACCAGACAUGUAUCUCCAGGGAUACUAGUGAUACUUCCUGGAUUAAACAAUUUUUUUCUGUUUCAAAGAAAGCAAUGCAGUGUUAUUUAAAAUAUCCUGCGUGGCUAAGCCUGUUGUAAAUAAAGAAUGCAAUUACUUGUGAA